AUUCAGUUCUGAGCUUUAACGAAGCACAACAACUAAACACAUUACAAUAAUGAACUCCCUGACCAUCGUUGCUUUCGCCUGCUUGGCUGUUAUUGCUAGCGCUUCUCCAUCUGGCAUUUAUGGACAUGGACUUAUUAAUGCCAAUUACCACGGAUCCGUUGGACCUUCCGGUGUUGUGACCGGUGCCGGCGCCUCUGGACCAGCUGGAACCGUCGAUGGUCAUGGAGCUGUUGGACCAUCCGGAGUAGUCAACGGACAUGGUGCUGUCGGCCCAACUGGACCCAACGGACAUGGAAUCGGUUUGGGAGGUUUGGGACUUGGACACGGUCUCGUCGGUGGACCCUUGGGAUUAGGAUUAGGUCAUGGUUUGGGAUUGGGAGUCGGCCAUGGUUUGGGAUUGGGAUUGGGACCACUUGGACUUGGACCAGUCGGCCAUCUCGGUCUUGGUCUUCACGGUCUCCAUGGACAUUACUAAAUCCACUGAGCAUUUCCUAGCCAUAUAUUCAUAACCGCAAACAUUCAUCAGUUUCUUCUAGUUCUAUCAGUAUCUUAUACUUACUAUUUAUUAUUGUCAAUGUUAUAUAGCUAGGUACAUGUACUUUGCAUUUAAUUAUUUCUUCAGCCCCAAGAGUCUAUCUACUUCCACUAAGACGAAAAAUGCUCAAACUUCU